GGACAUACGGCUCUGUAACAAAACCGCCAAAGAUCUGCCGCAAUCCUUCUUCUCUUGAGCGUCAAAUUCUUGCCGACAAAAUUUCUCAGCUGAAUCCCUCCGCCGUCGUCAUGUCUAAUGGAACUGCGAGGCGACUUCUUCAUAACUUAUAUUCUGCCAGAAGUUCUCUCAGAAAACAGAAGUGGCAGGCAAGCUCUGUAACUGUGAAUAGCGUUCUUAUGCAUCUCCAGAGGUCAAAAGCAGAUAUGGUGGAAAAUAAUGUGCGUAAAGAAAAUGAAGUUCUACCUGAAGUUUCUGUAAGGUCGGAAAUGGAGAAGAAUAGCAAAGAAGGUUCUAAGACUCCUAAGUACUUUUCUGAUGCUGAAGAUAUAAGUGAUAGUAACCGGAGGUUAGAGCUUGCAUGGUUGACAAAAGCUCUCAAAUCAGCUUCGCAAUUGUAUAGGUGGGCACUGUCAUCAGGGGAUGGAAUUCAAAAUCAAAUUCAACCCAGAAGUCGUUCUGUUUCAGAAAUCAUUGCAAGUAUCCAGCGGAGUAAGAUGGGUAUCCAGGAGUGGAGCUUGAGUGAUCUCACAAUUGGAUUAUUCCUUAUAUAUCUCCGUCAGGCUUCAACAAAUCCAUUGGCGGACAUUAAGGGUGUCCAGAUCACUUCAAAUGCAAUUGUCGAAGACCUCAUCUACUACCUUGAACUAGCUAAAGGUUGUUAUAAGGAUUCCGCAGCUAUGCUUGCAAGAAACACCAUGCUUCGAGAGCCCAACAUAUUGAAAUUUAUUAAAGAUUCCAGUGUUAUGAGGCCUGGUUAUUAUAUAGGGGUCGAUACUAGAAAGAAACUUGUAAUCUUUGGAAUUCGGGGAACUCACUCAGUAUAUGAUCUCAUCACUGAUAUUACUACUUCAAGUGAUGAAGAAGUGACAUUAGAAGGAUAUUCUACACACUUUGGCACUUCUGAAUCUGCUCGCUGGUUUCUUGAUCAUGAGAUUGAAAUGAUAAGAAGAUGCUUAAAGAAAUAUCAGGGUUUUAGGUUAAGGCUGGUGGGUCAUUCUCUUGGUGGAGCUAUAGCUUCGUUACUAGCUGUAAUGCUUCGUAAAAAGUCAAACAAGGAGCUUGGAUUUAGCCCUGAUAUUGUUUCUGCCAUUGGAUUUGCAACACCACCUUGCGUUUCCAGGAAGCUUGCUGAGAGUUGUGCCGACUAUGUUACCACUGUAGUGAUGCAGGAUGAUAUUAUCCCUAGACUAAGUCUAGCUUCUUUAACAAAGUUAAGGGUUGAAAUUCUACAAACUGACUGGACGAGUGUGAUUGAAGAACAAGACUGGAAAAAUAUCUAUGGUUUGUUGACAAAUGCAAAGCAGGUGGUUACAUCAGUACAAGAUGUUGCUCGAAAACUUGGUGAUUAUGCAAAGUUUACGAGCAAGAAAGGACCCUCCGAUGAUAGCUAUGGAAAAGGGUCUCAUGUGGCUUCUGGACCUCCUCCUUCACAUCCUACCGCUGUGGUGCAGAGAGCUGAUACAGCUCAAAAUGAAGCCGCAAGAUGUAAAAUUCCUGAGGAGCUAUUCGUACCCGGGACAGUUUAUUAUCUGAAGAAGCAUGUGAAUCUUGAAGAGGCAUACGAAUACUUCACUCUGUGGAAGCGGCAUCCUGAUGAACAUUUCCAGCAAAUUGUGCUAUCAAGCAACCUCAUUUCGGACCAUAAAUGUGAUAGCCACUACCAUGCUUUGAGGGAUGUACUUAAAGGCCUGCCGUCAUGCAACGAUGAAGGUAUUUUCUCAUAAACACCUAUACCAUUUGUAAUUGUAGCCUAAAAAUGAGUCAAUUUUAGAUCUGUUAUUAGGCUAAUUACACAAAGAGAGCAUAGUAAGGGUUCAAUUCAAUACAGAUAACAAAUCUAAAUAGUAAUACAUAGAGAACACUGGAGAUCGACAAUGGGAGGAUGUUAUGAUCUUGAAAUAUUGAGGCUUUUCUGAAUGUAGUUUCUCCUUUGUUUUGUUGGCCAUUUGGAGUUUUUUUUUUUAGUUAACUCCUUUGGUCGGUGUACAUCCUAUCCUAGUUUCUCCUUGUACUUUUCACUCUCUUAGAUGGAAAGUUUAGUUUCCGAUGAAGAAAAUACAACUAUGAUAUAUGUUCUUUAUGUGCUUUUUUGGUUGUAUUUUAUUUUUGACAUCAAUAUAUAUUACAAUAUAUAGAGGCGAUCCCUUGAUGGAUGGUA